ACCGAAUAAACAACAUGGCCACCGCUUGAGGCCCUGCCGCGAGGCUAUCACCCGUAAGGCAACCUCGCCACCGACGACGAGGUCAAAAUUACCCAGUGAAGAGACGCACGACGCCUGCGCAGUCUCGCUAAUAGUUCCAGUGUCACGAGAACCGCAGGAUGGCGGGGAAGAAGGGAGCGGUCGCCCAGCUGCAGAUAGAAGUGAACACCGAGGAAGACUGGCAGAAGCUGCUGGCCAAGGAGGGACUCAUAGUGGCGGACGUGUACUCCGAGUGGUGCGGACCGUGUAUCGGCAUGAUCGGCAUCCUCAGGAAGAUCAAGCUGGAGAUAGGCGGGGACCUGCUGGUGCUGGCCACGGUGAAGUCCGAUGCGAUCGAAGACCUGGCAAGAUUCCGAGGCAAGAGCGAGCCAACAUGGAUGUUCAUAUCGGGCGGCAGGAUGGCCAACCUGAUGUUCGGCGCGAACGCCCCGCGGCUCGGCAGGAUGAUCAUCGCCGAGCUGGAGAACGAGAAGCGGGCCCAGGCCGGCGAGAAGCCGCGCGAGACGAUGCCUUUCGAUCAGCUGACACCGGAGGAGAAGGAGCGAGAAGAAAAGAAAGAAAAGAAGAGACUAGAAGCAUUGGCGAAAGAAGAGGCUGAAAAAGCGGCGGAGGCCGCACGGGUGCUGGAUGCGAAGCUCGCGGCGCUGGAGCGCUCCCUGGCCGACUACACGUUGGUGGCGCUGCGGCCCGAGUUGUUCCAGGACGGCCGCAGCGAGGCGCUGGUGGUCCUCAUGGAGGCACUGGCCCCGUACCGCUACCGCAUCGAACAGGAGACGCUCGUCGAGGCCGACCACCCCGCCGUCCUGCAGUUUAUGACCCCGAAGAAGGUGGCGGCGCAAGGCGGCCACGAAGCGGAGGAGCAGCGGGUCCCCGAAGGGGCCGAGGAGUCGCCGGAGGGGGAGGCGGGCGAGCCGGAGGGUGAGGAGGAACAGCAGGAGGCGGUCCCGGAGGAGGCGCCGCCGGACACCCGGGUGACCGUGAAGCUGCUGAGGCUGGAGCGGCCGGGCGCCGGCGACGAGGGCGCCGCCAGCGAGGAGGCGGGGGAGGCGGCCCCGGGCGAGGCCCCCGCGGAGGAGGAGCGUCCCGACGCGCUGGAGCUCGUGCGCCAGGCCGUCUACCACGAGCUGCCACUCACCGAGCUGGACAUCAAGCUGGGCGUCGACCAGACCGGGCUGCUGAAGAGGUUCUGCCCGGCGGCGCCCGCGGACGCGCCCUGCCUGUGGACGCCGACCACGGCGCGCGACAAGGCCGCGGCGCUGCUGGCGCUGUUCCCCGAGCUGGCGGAGCAGCACCUGCCGCCCCAGGCGCAGCCCGUGCCGCCGCACGUCGCGCUCAUGUUCGACUCCACCAAGAUGCGCGCCGUGGCCGCGCUCGUCGACGACCACCGCGACGAUGUGCUGCACGUGGGCUUCUUCAGCGGGCCCGACCCCGCCGCCUCGGAGCGCCUCGCGUCGUCCCUGCGGCGCUACGAGCGGCUGCCCUCCAAGAACCCUGGCGAUACCCUCGUGGUGGUGCUCAACCGGACGCACAGCGAGCCGUUGCUGUCCUUCUGCACGCAAGCGCCUUUCUACAUCAGCCCGAACGUGGAGGACGGCGCGCGGCUGAGGGAGGCCUUCUUCCCGCCGGGCGUGGAGGAGGCAGAGGAGGAGGACCCCGAAGAGUUGGAGGAGGCGCCCGAGGAGGGCGAGACGGGCGAGGAGGGCCUCCUCAUCCCCGAGGACCACGAGCUGGACCUGCUGGAGGGCGAGGUGGGCGCGCAGCCGGAGCCGGAGCCGGAGCUGGAGCCGGAGCCGGAGCUGGAGCCGGAGCCAAAGCCGGAGCUGGAGCCGGAGCCGGAGCCGGAGCCGGAGUCGGAGCCGUCGGCCGAGUGAUGCCGCCUGCUCCCUGGUCUCCCUGGACCUGACAGGAUGCACAGAGUGCUGCUUCUGUCCUUCUGCCCUGCACCCGCACUCGCCUGCGUCGUCCCGAACAUGGAGGCCUUCUCCCCGCCAGGCGUGGAGGAGGAGAAGAGAAGCCUACGUCCAAUGAGGAAGGCCAUCUGUUUCCUCACGACCUCGCUCCUGACCAACUAGACACCGACUCUGGCGACCCAUCCCGAACAUGGAUGUCUUCUCCCCGCCGCGCAUGGAGGAGGAGCAGAGAAGGCCACGUCCAACGAGGAAGGCCAUCUGUUUCCUCACGACCACGCUCCUGACCAACUAGACACCGACUCUGGCGACCCAUCCCGAACAUGGAUGUCUUCUCCCCGCCGCGCAUGGAGGAGCAGAGAAGGCCACGUCCAACGAGGAAGGCCAUCUGUUUCCUCACGACCACGCUCCUGACCAACUAGACACCGACUCUGGCGACCCAUCCCGAACAUGGAUGUCUUCUCCCCGCCGCGCAUGGAGGAGCAGAGAAGGCCACGUCCAACGAGGAAGGCCAUCUGUUUCCUCACGACCACGCUCCUGACCAACUAGACACCGACUCUGGCGACCGUAGCCACCAGCUCCACCAAAUUGCCCAUCAAACAACCCACCAUUUGGUUUCACAUCUAUCAUAUUAGGUUCAUUAAUUUUUUUUUCUAAUUGAUUUAACACCACCUAAAUAUUUAUAUUUUUACCUCUCUUUAUAUUUUAGCCUAUUUAUAAAAAAUAUUUAAUAAAUUGCUGAG